AUGCGUCGUACCCGAUGCCGCCAGCAGCCGUCGCCCGAGGAUGGCCGCCGCGCUUCCAUCGUCUCUCGCUACACCGAUAACGCGCUACCAACACUCCCCGGUGUCAGACCUCCGACCGCCGAGCCGCCUGUCUUUUUCCCGCUGAUCAUGUCGUAUCCCACCCCGACUGGCCCGAUUUACCAGAACCCCCCUCUCCUAUUUCACCCACACAAAGAGGGGAUCUCUCGUCCUCCCACGAUCUACCAGCCUAAUAUCCAACCGGUGCUCGUACCUGGUACCGAGCAACAGUCUCAGGACCGAGCAGGCCUGGAGAAGAACAAGAAACACACUACCAAGAAGAAGAAGCGCCAGAGCUACCAGUAUCGUCAGACCAAUGGUCAGCAAUAUCCUGGCGGCCUCUACCCGCGUGCUCCUACCAUCGGCCAGAAGUUCAUGAGACUCUUCGGAAUGCAGACUGGGCGCGCAGAAACCAUUGCAAGCUCGCGCCAGGAGUCUCAGGAGCGCGUCAACCCGGCUCAGGUCCGUCAAUUCAAUCACAAUGUCCAGCCCUCCGCGAUGCAUGCCGAGGAGCAUGGUCACGAAACAGCCUAUCCAAUCCGAGUUCCCGUCGAACCCCUUUCUCCCGAGUCGAAUGCUGCCACUGUGUACAGCGACGACUAUGUCUUGCCUACCCCGCAUAGACCAACUCGUGCUGGCUCUGGUACUGCCUCUAUUCUCUCGCCCGGUCACCGUCGCCAUUCAAGCCGCCGCAGCGUCAGUCGUGACUCCGGACACGGUGAAAAGCCGAGCACCCAGGUCUCCAUCUCUCGGGAUAGUCGUGACGGCGAUGGUGCAGAACUCACCGAUGGAGGUGCUCACACCCACAGGCGGCAGGCCGAUGACCGAGCUGGCACGGUCAUGUCUUUGAUACUGGAGGCUGUUGGCAUUCGUUUACCGACAGACAGGCGUUCGGGUGAGUGGAAGACGCAGGUGAAAGAACGAAAGUCGCAGGUUCUUCCCGAUGAGUUGCGGAGAGACAAGAGGCGAGACCGUGAGAAGUCCAGGAGGACACAUGAAAGAAGUCUUGCACGGCCACUGAUGUGGCACUUGACCCUGUUGCUCCUGUGCCUGUCCAUCAAGGGGGUGGUCGUUAUGAGGAGGGACGGGUUGGUCAGCAAGUUUCAUCGCAAGUCGGAGCGCAUCCAGUCGUGA